AAGUCACCAAAGACGGCUGCCGUGUCCCGUCCCGAGACACGAUGCCCAUUCGGUUACUGUCUCUCGUAUUGGUCAUUCAAGCAGUGUCUACAUACGCGCAAAUAAACGAUGCUUCUUUCGGAGAUGCUCCACAUUCUCACAGACGACUAUAUGGAAUCAGAAGGUUAAGGAUGCUUCGGCCGAUUCCCCAAAUAGUAGAACAUUCACCAACACACGAGUUUUCUGAUCGUCGUCGUCAACCUUCCCGUGUCUCAACUGAAGAUUCCGAACAGGAUCAGGUGUUUGUACCACGCGCUGUUGCACCACCAAGAGCAUCACGUCCAAUUGUGACGUCAUCCACAACCGAGUCAGCUGAAUCUUCCGCAGAAACUGUGCCAACAACAUAUGUUGUUCAGACUCUGACCAAGUAUGGAAAGAGUUUGGAUGAAGCUAGAAGAAAGAGAAUUGAAGCAAGAUGGAAGAGAUUGGGUAUCAAUUUUAAGACAAUCAAUCAUCCACUUCUCAACACUGAAUCAUCUGAAUCUUCCCACUCUGGCCAUCAUUACACUAUCCGCCAGUUGAAUGCUCCAAAGAAAGUGGAAAAGUUGGUUGAAGUUGAACGUCCAGCAAUUGACCAACCGAUUCUUCAUGUUGUAAACCCAUUAGACCAAGGAUUUGUUCCGUCCGAACCCGAACCGCAACCAAUUCUGCCUGCUGAGCUACCAAUUUCUGGCAAUUAUCAUUCUCGUACAAAACCUAUUCUGAAAGGUGUCAAAUUUGUGCAAGAAAAAUUGUCCGUUCGCCCUCGUCUGAGGAUUCGUCGUCCUGGAGAGAAAGCUGAACUUCCAAUGCCAGAAGAUCCAAAUCUUACCCCAUUCAUGAAUAAUGCCAGAGCUAAAUUUGGAUAUGGAACAACAACUCUUCCACCAGAAACUACCACAAUCUACGUACCACCAACAACUGCUUCUCGUCGUCCAACAACUACAACCACUACCACAGAAGCUCCUGUUGAAGCUUCGUUCGGAAUUUCUGGAGGAGACUCAGGAAUUAUUGAUACUGGAGAUUCUGGUAUUGUUGGAAAUGGAGAGUCUGGCCUUGUUGGUACUGGUGACUCUGGAAUUGUUGGAAAUGGAGAUUCCGGAGUUCUCGGACCACCAGGAGAUUCAGGAGCAGGAUUUGGAUUCGGACCAUCUGAGCUGCCACCAGAGUUCCAGAACAUCGGAUUCGGAGUUGGAGGUGGACCACAAGGAUUUAAUUUCAAUGUGCCAGCUGACAAAAUGGAGCCCAAAAAAGAAACAACCACGACAACUGCAGCACCAACAACUACCACACCAGCAACUACAACAAUGAAGCCAGUUCCAAAGAAACCAAAACAUGUUCAACGAAAACAACCAAAUGCUGCAAUCGACAAGGAUGAGCCAGUUGUAAUUCCUCAAAAUUCGGGUCUCCGUCCAGUUUCACCACCAAAAGAGUUUGCAGGCGCUGGAGGCUUCGGAAGCUUCGGAGGCGGAGGCGGUGGCGGUGGAUUCGGAGGUGGGGGAGGAGGAUUCGGAGGUGGUGGUGGUGGCUUCGGAAGCGGAUCUCCAUUUGGAGGAGCUGCACCAUCACCACCAUCGGGACCUGAUCCAGAUUUCGGAGGAGAUACGGCAGCCGCCGGACCAACAGAGGAAGAAUUUUUCACUGGAGAAUCGGCACUCUCUCGUUCCAAGGGACCAACUGGAGACGGAUACGGACCCCCAGUAUUCCCAGGCGGAGCUCCCCCACCACCAGUUCCAGCUGUUGGUCUUGGAGGUGCCGCAGCAGGGAAGUCUCCAUACAGUGGACAAGAAGUUGAUCAAGUUGAAAAUACUGGAACAACUGUAAAACCAUCGGCUCUUUUGAGUGUUUUAAGCAAGGCCGACACAGGAUUCAACCAAGUUAUUGAUCAUUUUGAGAACGGAACUCCACCAGAGGCAGCUUUCAUUGAUAUUUUGGAAGUGGCUCUCGGAUCUCAAAAACUAGAUUCACAGGCUAAAUUGUUGGGUCAUGUUGAUAGAACAAUUGGAUUAGAUAAUCUUCAAAGACUUCAAAGAUGGGCUAAUACUGCUGGAGCUAUGGAUGUAUUCAAAGAUCAGUUCGUAAAAUUCGCCAAGAACUUCCAACCACCACCUGAUCUCUUGCCAACAGUUCCUCCACAACUUGAAUAUCUUUUCAAAACUUCAGGAAAAUAAUUUCUUCUCCUCUUUCACAUUGAAUUCCCCUAAUUUAUUUUUUAGUUUUUAUUUUACAAAAUUCAAUUCACCAGAGUCUCACUACCUAACUCAUUCCCUUCUCAUAGUUUUAUUCCCCACUUUUUUCUUCCUUCUUCUGCAUUUCCACUGCAUUUCGAUCGACCUCAAAACGGGAUAACUCACAUUUUUCGAGCAACUCGAAUUUGUUUGCGAACACUCUUUCUUUGUCUGUUCAUUCUUUUGAUUCUGCUCAGUUUUUUUUGCCAUCCACUAUUUAUUUAUUCAGAUUGUUGUAAAACAAAUUUUGAAGAAAAAAAAACAUGAUAAAAUAAAAAUGAACAAUUACU